UCUAUGACACCCUAUAUAUCUUGCCAUGUGGAGUACAUUUUAUUUCCUGCAGCGGCUAACCUUGGAUACUCGGACCCUUUGUAUAAUGGAUCAUUUAUAUCAGUAAAAUCGUGCCGGCGAACUCUCUCGUCAUUCCUCAAUAAGUAGCAGCCUCUCUCAACACACUUCCUACUAGAAUACCAAGAAACAAUAACACAAACAUGGGACUCUUUGGAAGAAAAUUCAAGGCAUCAAAAGUUACAGCAGUGGCUAACCUUGCCAUUUCAAGGAUUGCCAUUCUCAAAAAUCAGCACCAGGUUAGGUGCUCACUAGCCCGUUCUGACGUUACUCAGCUACUCCAUCUUGGUCGCCAAGAAGACGCCCUUCAUCGAGUUGAACAUGUUAUCAAGGAACAGAACACUGUAGAUGCACUUGCAAUGAUGGAAAACUACUGCCAUCUCCUAAUAGAAAAAAGGGUGCUGAUAAAAACUCAAGGGGAAUGUCCUGAGGAGCUUGCAGAGGCAAUCUCAAGCUUGAUUUUUGUGGCUUCAAGAUGGGGGGAGUUCCCAGAGCUACAUGAACUUCGGGAGAUUUUCACGUCAAGAUAUGGGAAUGAAUUUGCGGCUCAAUGUGUUGAAUUAAGAAAUAAUUGUAGCGUGCAGCCAAAGAUGAUACCCAAGCUAUCAAAACGUCACUCAGGAUCAGAGAAAAGAAAGAAUAUGCUUAAUGAUAUUGCUGCUGAUUGUGGUAUCACUCAGUGUAUAGAGGAUGAGACUUCUCAUGGAUCACAAUCGAGGCCAGAGGUUGACAGUGAGAAUGAAUGUGCUAAAGGUGAAGAGGGAUCUCAACAAGGCACAGAAGCAGCUUCGGUGAUCAUAUUGGAGGAUAGUCAGAUAGUACAAAAUGCCUGAUGCUUCUCUAUCAGCAGCUAAUGCAACAGCAGCACUAAGCAAGAGUUGUUUGGAUUUAUCCAAGCCUAACAAGGGAAAUCAUUAGGGCAUGGUUGACUGGAAAGCAUCUUUGCAAUCAUGCAACUGUAACACGUUCGGAAGGGACAAAGUCGUGAACGGAUGCAACAGGGCUCAGGAAAAAAAAGCAUCAGCACACAAUGUUUCUGGAAAACAACGAUAGAGCAGCUGCAUGCGACAGAUGCUAUUCCGGAAUGAACUGCACCUCCAGCAUUAGACCCACUGGUGCUGCAUCGAGUGCCUAGCUAGAGCUUCUUCAUAUUCUUUUCUUAGAUAGGAAUUUGCUUGUUUGUGUGUGGUGGAGUUGGUUUUGGGGGUGGGGGGUGGGGUAGG